CGUUAUUCAAACAACGCAAACAAUCCGCCAACGCGUUCAUUAUUAUUAUUUAUAUAAAUUAAAUCAAUUACAACGUUAAUUUAAUGUUUUAUACGUGUGAGUGUGUCUGUGCUUAAUAAUUAUUAUUGUGAUUGAUUAAUUGAAACAUUACAAUUAUAUUAUCAAACAAAAAAAUAUCCUGUCUGUCUUUAAAUUAUAGCAACAAUACAAAGGAUUUAAUAACAAAAAUUUAAUAAAUAUAUUAAUGUGGAAUAACAUCUACACGAAGGAUAUUCAACAACGCACAAUCGAUAUUUUUGGAUUAUAACAAAAAAAAAAAAAAAACAAAAAUCUUAAAAAAUUCAUUUAAGUGUUUAAAUAAAGUGAUAAUUUUAUUAAUAUUUUUCAUCAAGUGAAAUAAAAAUAUUAACUAUUUUUCAAAAUGAUGUCAACAACUACAGCGCAUUCAUCCGUGGGGCCUUUAAGGCCGUCGCAAGAUGCUCCAGUAUCAAGACCUCGAGCUGUUUAUAGCAUCGAUCAAAUUUUAGGAAAUCAAAGCCGAAGAAGUGAUUCUGAAUCCUUAUCCCAUCAUCACAGUCAUCAGCAUCACAAUUAUAAAGAAGACCCUUCACCAACAAACACAGAUAAUGGCUGUGACGGAGACAACGAUGACGACCUCUCCAACAGUCUCAAUAAUGGUCAUGAUCAAAAUGACAUGGAACGUCCUCGAAAGGUUCGAAGAUCAAGGACGACUUUUACCACAUUUCAAUUGCAUCAGCUCGAAAGGGCAUUUGAGAAGACUCAAUAUCCUGAUGUUUUUACACGAGAGGAUCUGGCGAUGCGUUUGGAUUUAAGCGAAGCACGUGUGCAGGUUUGGUUUCAAAAUCGACGUGCGAAGUGGAGAAAACGUGAGAAAUUCAUGAAUCAAGAUAAAAAUGGAUACCUUCUACCUGAUCAAGGAAUGCCUGACUUUCCUUUGGGAAUUCCACUACCACAUGGAAUGGGAGGUCAUCCAUCUUCAAUACCGACUGAAUUCUGGCCACCAAAUUUCGCCUUGCAUCAUCAUUUCAAUCCAGCGCUAAUACCCCAGAGUCUCAUACCGCACUAUAAGCUGCCAAAUUUCCAAACCCUCCUCUCGCAAUACAUGGGUCUGAGCAAUCUCAACGGAAUCUUUGGCUAUCCACAGAACCUAUCCAUGCACUCCCAAGUUAGCCCGCCAUGCAGUAAUAGUCCACCACGUGAAAGUCCACCUGCUGUUGCGAAAGUUGAAGAAUGAACAACUUCACAAUCAAUUGCAGUGUAAAAACAAAAACUCAUUGUGUAAAUAGAAGUCAAAAAUAAAAAAAAUCAAGACAUCAAUUGUUAUUUGAGAUUAAGCUAGAUUUAAUAAAAAAAAAUUGUGGUGAUAUCAAAAACUUGUAAAUAAAAAUAUACUUAAAAAAUAAUUAUAAUUAAAUAUUAAAAUAAAAAUAAAACAAUUUCGGGCUGUAAAAAAAGGAAGACAAAAUAUUAUUAAAUUAAAUUUUAAACUAAAAAAAAUACAAAAUAAAACAAUAAUAUUAGAUUAAAAGUAGAAAAUCAGAAAUGUAAUAUCUAUCAAAAACAAUAUCAAUGAAUAAUAAUACAAACAAACUUAAGAAAUCGCAGUAUAGCAGUAAUGUGUGCGUUAAUCAAUUAAAUAAUAAAUUAACUUAAUUGUACAAAAAGAAAAUCUUAAGUUAUUAUCAACAAAAGACAAAAAGUAUUCUAUAAACAAUAACUAAAUAGAUUCAUACAAUUUGGCCAAAUUAUAAUUAUAAGUUAAAA